AUGAUCGCGUCUCAUCACGUUUCCAAGCUUCAUCACUCCGCUCGUCACUCCAGGCUCAGCAGAGCUUCAGCGCUUCAAUUCUUGAAUAUCCACAUUUGCUUGUCAAAGGCAGCAGCCCGCUUACGGAAAAUCAACGGGUUUGUGCCAACGAUAGGGUGGAAACGACACUUUUCAAAAGGAUACUACAUCUUUGAACAUCAUGAAUUGGGCCGUUUUUCAAGAUUGUAUACUGCCCUAAACGUAGAAGGGAUGAAUGAAUUGCUGGCAAUAAUGAUGGCCACAGCACGACAAUGGCGUGAUACUUUGAUCAGGGAAUUACCUUAG